AUGGAGAGUGAUAAUAAUAGUAAUGAGAUGAUGAUGAUGAUGAAUGAGAAUAAUGGUUCAUCAUCAUCAAGUUCAUCAUCAAGAUGGAAUCCAACAAAAGAACAAAUAAGCAUGUUAGAGAAUUUGUAUAAGCAAGGAAUAAAGACACCAAGUGCUGAAGAAAUACAACAGAUAACUGCUAGGCUAAGAGUGUAUGGUCACAUCGAAGGAAAGAAUGUGUUUUACUGGUUUCAGAAUCACAAAGCUAGACAGAGACAGAAACAGAAGCAAGACAAUAUGGCUUAUUUCAAUCGACUUCUUCAUAGACCUCACCCCAUUUAUCCUUCACCACCAAUUUAUCCAAAUGCUAUCUGCACACAAUAUUACGUACCACAACCACAAAGUCAAGAAUUCAACUAUUACCCUCAAAAUCCAAAAGUGCUUCUACCACCUGCAGUAAGUUAUAGAAGGAACCAAGCUGAGAAAAUCAUGUCAAAUGGCAUGUCGAAUAGUAUCUGCAAUAAUCCAUUGGUAUAUAAUGAAAACAACAUGCAAAAGAGAAUCUCUGAUUAUGAAACGUUGGAUUUGUUUCCUCUGCAUCCAACUGGCAUAUUGGAAGGGAAAACAACAAACAACAAUGUGUCUUCUAUUGUUUCAGUUUCUGCUGAUACUCAUCAUUCUGGUUCCUCUCAUCAUGUUAUCAAUCAAGAUGAUGGUUGUCAUGAAAAUCAACCUUUCUUUGACUUUUUUAAUAAUUCUGCAGGACAACGUUCUUAA